AUGUCUUUCCAAGUCCCCCUCCUUCUCUCUCUUCCCCUUCUCUCCUUCACAAUCCAAGUCAAGAACCUCGUCACCUUCGGCGACAGCUACACUGACAUCACCACCAUGGGCGACGGGGGAACAAUGUGGCCUGUCUACGCUGCAGGGUACGCCAACCUCCAACUGUUCCCCUUCGCACGUGCCGGCGCAACAUCCACGCACCACGCAACCACGCAAUCACGCAGGCGACCACGUCGAAUUCUUCUUGCCCCCUUCCGCCCCUUUCCCUCCAUAUUCGAGAGUCAGCUCCCGUUGUAUUUCGCGGAAAAGCACAACGGGUCGAUUGUUUUGGACCCGGAGGAGACGCUCUAUACGCAAUGGAUCGGGACGAAUGAUAUCGGAGUGUAUUCUUUGGUUACAGGGAGCAAUAAUGCGUCGAUAGUUGACGUGGUAGGCUGUAUGUUGGAUUGGGUUCGGGUCUUGUAUAAGGAUGGAGCGAGGAUUUUUUUGCUCCAGAAUAUGGUACCACUGAACGAAGCAAUCUUGUAUGCUCCAAACUCGUACCCGAACCAUUAUUUCAAUGGACCGCGCAACACAACCGAAUGGAGCGUGUUUAUUCGCGAGCUAGUAUUGAGUGGGAACGCACUGUCUCGUGCGAUGCUCCGAGCGGUAGUACCAGAGGUUCCAGGCGCUCACAUCGGGAUUUUUGACUUGCACGGACUGUUCCAAGACAUACACGAUAAUCCAGCAGAGUACUUGAACGGGACUGCGCCGUUCAACGUGACGGGUGCGGUGUUAUCCUGCAUAGCUCCGGAGGAAGGUCAGGCUGGGAGUUUACAGUGCACGACGGUGUUUGGGACAGAUCGGGAUAGUUAUCUGUGGUGGGUGUACGACGAGUUGCAUCCGAGUGAGCAAGCGGAUAGGAUCGUGGCGAGGGAGAUUGCGAAGGUUGCGAGAGGGCAAGAGAGCAAAUGGGCUACGUGGAUUUCAUGA